UGCCUGGAGUCGCCAAGAUGCAGAUUCUCCGGAUUGUUCAAGUUGCCUUGCUCGCAGCGGCUGCUUACGGGGCCAAGCUGCCUUCCUUCCCCCCGGUUCGCUCGACGCAAACAUCGUACAACUACGAACCCCCAAGUGUACCUUCCGGGCUCUAUGAGACCCCCGUGGCUCCUCCCGAGAACCCACCUGAGCCCAACAGCAUCUACGAAGUUCCCGACGACGAUGAGGAUGAACCUUCCACCCUUUACGAGACUCCAGGAAUUGUGGUUCCUACUCCCUCAGAACCGGCAGUCCUGUAUGAAAUUCCGGACGAGGAACCAAGGCCCUCGGCUGUGUACCAAAGUCCCAUCGAAGAGGCCCCCAUCCCUGUAAAGCCUGUGAUUAUCUAUCAGGUCCCUCAGGAAGUCACCACUCACGUAGAGCCAUCGCCCAUCUACACGGCCCCGCAGCCUCAGUACAGUCAGCAGACGAUAUUCCCCGGAGCCCCUUCAGCCCCGACAGACUUGUACCAAGCCCCGCAACCCAGGCAUUUGUAUGAGGCUCCUUCCCAACCUCUCCCAACGCUUAGUAACUCCUAUGACGCCCCUGCACAACCUGCCCCUGUGCCUAAUACUUUGUACGAAGCUCCUGAGGAACCAGUCCCAGCCCCUUCAGGCCUAUAUGAAACCCCCGAAGAACCUGCCCCAGCCCCUAGUGGCUUGUAUGAAGCUCCUGAGGAACCAGCACCGGCGCCAAGUAGUUUGUAUGAAGCACCUGAGGAGCCAGCCCCGACACCAACCAACCUGUAUGAAGCCCCCUCCGAACCAGCCCCCAGUGGCCUGUAUGAAGUGCCUGACGAACCAGCUCCAAGCAACACCUACGGAACUCCCUCCGAAGCAGUCCCGGCACCAACCAGUCUUUAUGAAGCCCCAUCAGAACCUGCGCCAGCUCCUAGCAGCUUGUACGAAACCCCCUCUGAGCCUGCCCCAGCGCCUACCACUUUGUAUGAAACCCCUGGCGAGCCUGCUCCAGCCCCCGUUGCACUGUACGAAACGCCCUCUGAACCUGUUCCAGUGCCAACCAGUUUGUAUGAAGCCCCAGCGCCAACCAAUGUGUAUGAAGCUCCUUCAGAGCCUGCCCCAGCGCCAACCAGUUUGUAUGAAGCCCCAGCGCCAACCAGUUUGUAUGAAGCCCCAGCGCCAACCAAUGUAUAUGAAGCUCCUUCAGAGCCUGCCCCAGCGCCAACCAGCUUGUAUGAAGCCCCAGCGCCAACCAACACGUACGAAGCCCCCGCACCAACCACUCUAUACGAGGCCCCCUCUGAGCCAGUCCCCGCGCCAACCGGCCUUUACGAAGCCCCGGCCAAGUCAGUCCCAGCGCCGACCAACUUGUACGAAGCUCCCUCGAAGCCUAGUGGGCUCUACGAGGUGCCUCCAAGCGCGAAUGCCCCGGUCCCCUCUGUUGCGAAGCCGAUGAAGGGCAUGCCGUACAACUUCCAGUGGGGGGUGGAGGACGCCGACUCCGGGAACGUCUUCGCGCACCACGAGGACAGCGACGGCAACAGCACGCGCGGACAGUACCGUGUGAACCUCCCCGACGGUCGCGUUCAGGUUGUAACUUUCUACGACAACGGAGAAGGAUUCCACGCCAAUGUGUCCUACGAGUAAUGCUCUCGCGGUCGUCCGUUGCUUUCACCCUCCCAAUAGACCUUUAGGAAUAGUUUCGGCAGAAGCAUUUUGUACAAGUGUAUAUGUUAGUUCUAAGUUAUAUGAGUAUAUAUAUAUAUAAUCUAUGUAUAUGCAUAUGUAACUUGGAUCACGGUAUUAACGUUCAAGUUAUAAUGUCUUUGUAUUUUUGUAUACAUAUUUGUAGUCGGCAUUUUCAUUACUUUCAACAGGAAGUCAACAUAAGCGCUUGCACUUUCCUAGUAAAUCAGUCUUGCUUUCCCAUCAACCACAAAUAGGAAUAUAGUGACAAAUUAUUAGUUUCAAAUUAUUUUCAAUAAUGAGAGCAAAUGUUCGUAUUGUGCCUUUGCUCCAUAGAAAUUGCAGAAUUGUUAAGUGCAGUAUUGAAAAAAAAAAAAACAUAUGAUGAGAAUUAUACGCAUGAACCAUGAUUUUGGUCAUUAUGUGUACUUUUCAAUGAUCAAUUUAUGUCAGUAUAGCUGUCAUUCUUAUUCAACGAAUGAUAAAUUGACAAGAAAUAGAUUUAGAAAAGGAGCAGUGACAUGCGUGUGACAUGAUGAUCAAAGGGUUCCUAUUUAUUAAACGAUGUUGAAGUCA